AUGGGGAAGCUCAAGAUGAUAACUUCAGAGCUCGAAACUCCCACAAGAACAGUUCGGAAUCGAAACCCUACAAAGUCGGAAACCGGAGGGUUCGUUCUCUGGCAGAUGAAUCCAGACAUGUGGUACGUUGAGCUCUCCGUUGGCGGUAGCAAAGUUCGUGCUGGCUGCAAUGGCAAGCUCGUGUGGCGACACACUCCUUGGCUCGGUUCUCAUACUGCUAAAGGACCGGUCAGGCCUCUUCGCCGUGCACUUCAGGGGCUUGAUCCGAGUACUACUGCUACAAUGUUUGCUGCGUCGAAGUGUGUUGGAGAGAAGAAAGUGAAUGGUGAAGAUUGUUUCAUUCUGAAGCUAAGCACUGACCCUGAAACCUUAAAGGCGAGGAGUGAAGGACCAGCGGAGAUCGUAAGACACAUUCUCUUUGGUUACUUCAGCCAAAGGACGGGACUUUUAGCUCAGAUCGAGGAUUCUCAGUUGACUCGGAUUCAAUCCAACGGUGGUGAUGCUGUUUACUGGGAGACGACGAUCAAUUCGUCUCUAGAGGAUUACAAACAAGUCGAAGGGAUCAUGAUUGCUCACUCUGGACGCUCUGUUGUCACACUCUUUAGAUUUGGGGAAGUAGCGAUGAGUCACACUAGGACGAAGAUGGAAGAGAGAUGGACCAUUGAAGAAGUCGCUUUCAAUGUUCCCGGUUUGUCUCGAGAUUGCUUCAUCCCGCCGGCUGAUCUUAGGUCUAGCUCACGAAGCGAGUCCUGCGAGUACCCGGAACAAGAGGAGAAAGGGAAGAGCUCGGUUGCGUUGGCUGCGACGGCUCGUAGAGCUAAAGUUGCAGCAUUGGAGAAAGGUCGGUUUGGCGAGAACCCGGUUUGGCAUAUCGAUGUUUGA